CGAGCAACAUGGGGAAUGGGUCGGUGAAGCCCAAGCAUUCCAAGCACCUGGAUGGCCCCUCCGGGAACGCGGCCGCCGACGCCCUGCGGAGCAAGGUGGCGGAGCUGGAGAGAGAGCUGAGGAGAAAGGAUGCGGAGAUCCAGGAGCGCGAGUACCACCUGAAGGAGCUGCGGGAGCAGCUGUCCAGGCAGACGGUGGCCGUGGCCGAGCUGACCGAGGAGCUGCAGAGCAAGUGCGUGCAGCUGAACAAGCUGCAGGACGUGCUGCAGCUGCAGGGCGCCAGCCCGGCCCCGGCCUCCCCGGACAGAGCGGCCCUCGGGGCCCAGCGGGAGACCUCGGGGCCGGUCUCCCUGCACAGCCGGCGGGGGGCCAAGGCGGGGGUGUCUGCCGAGCCAACAACCCGAACCUACGACCUCCACAAGCCCCCCGAGUUCUCCUUCGAGAAGGCGAGAGUCAGAAAGGACUCCAGUGAGAAGAAGCUCAUUACGGAUGCCCUUAAUAAAAAUCAGUUUCUCAAGAGGCUGGAUCCCCAGCAGAUCAAAGACAUGGUGGAAUGCAUGUAUGGGAGGAGCUACCAGCAGGGCAGUUACAUUAUCAAGCAAGGAGAACCAGGAAACCACAUCUUUGUGCUGGCAGAGGGUCGACUCGAGGUGUUCCAAGGGGAGAAACUGCUGUCGUCCAUUCCUAUGUGGACCACAUUUGGGGAGCUGGCGAUUUUGUACAACUGUACAAGGACGGCCUCUGUGAAAGCGAUUACCAAUGUUAAAACGUGGGCACUAGAUCGAGAGGUUUUCCAGAAUAUAAUGAGGAGAACAGCCCAAGCUAGAGAUGAGCAGUACAGAAAUUUCCUCAGAAGCGUAUCCUUGCUAAAGAAUUUACCUGAAGAUAAAUUAACCAAGAUCAUUGACUGCUUGGAAGUGGAAUACUAUGACAAAGGAGACUACAUCAUUAGGGAGGGCGAGGAAGGAAGUACCUUUUUCAUUUUGGCAAAAGGAAAGGUAAAAGUUACGCAGAGUACAGAGGGCCAUGAUCAACCUCAGCUGAUAAAAACACUGCAGAAAGGAGAAUAUUUUGGAGAAAAAGCUCUUAUCAGUGAUGAUGUCCGGUCGGCUAACAUAAUUGCUGAGGAAAACGAUGUUGCCUGCCUGGUCAUAGAUCGAGAAACGUUCAACCAGACUGUUGGGACAUUUGAAGAACUCCAGAAAUACCUGGAAGGGUAUGUGGCAAACCUGAACCGGGACGAUGAAAAAAGACAUGCAAAGCGGUCCAUGUCUAACUGGAAGCUGUCCAAAGCCCUCUCUCUGGAAAUGAUUCAGCUGAAGGAGAAGGUGGCCAGAUUCUCCUCAUCCUCCCCCUUCCAGAGCCUUGAGAUUAUUGCGACACUGGGCGUUGGUGGGUUCGGAAGAGUUGAGCUUGUUAAAGUGAAGAACGAGGACGUGGCCUUUGCCAUGAAGUGCAUCAGAAAGAAGCACAUUGUGGACACGAAGCAGCAGGAGCAUGUCUACUCGGAGAAGAGGAUCCUGGAGGAGCUGUGCUCCCCGUUCAUUGUGAAAUUAUAUCGUACUUUCAAGGACAAUAAGUAUGUGUACAUGCUCCUGGAGGCCUGCUUAGGUGGGGAGCUGUGGAGCAUCCUGAGAGACAGAGGCAGCUUUGAUGAGCCCACCUCCAAAUUCUGCGUCGCUUGUGUGACAGAAGCCUUUGAUUACCUGCAUCGACUGGGUAUUAUCUACAGAGACCUGAAGCCAGAAAACUUAAUUCUAGAUGCUGAAGGUUACCUGAAAUUGGUUGACUUUGGAUUUGCUAAGAAAAUAGGAUCUGGACAGAAAACGUGGACGUUCUGUGGGACGCCGGAGUACGUGGCUCCUGAAGUCAUCCUCAACAAGGGGCACGACUUCAGUGUGGAUUUCUGGUCCCUGGGGAUUCUGGUGUAUGAGCUGCUCACCGGCAACCCCCCCUUUUCUGGGACUGACCAAAUGAUGACCUACAAUUUGAUUCUCAAAGGAAUUGAAAAAAUGGAUUUUCCUCGAAAGAUAACAAGGCGACCUGAGGAUUUGAUUCGGAGGCUUUGCAGGCAAAAUCCAACAGAAAGGCUAGGAAAUCUGAAGAAUGGAAUCAAUGACAUUAAGAAACACAGGUGGUUAAACGGUUUUAAUUGGGAGGGACUGAAAGCACGGAGCCUCCCGUCACCUUUACGAAGAGAGCUCAGUGGACCCACAGAUCACAGCUACUUUGACAAGUAUCCCCCUGAGAAGGGAGUGCCCCCGGAUGAACUGUCAGGCUGGGAUAAAGACUUCUAACGGAAGCGAAGAUGAUUACUGCCUGCACACUACCGAAGAGGACUAUCAGGACCAAUAAUCCAAUGCUGAUUAUUUCUCUCUUCAGCGUAUUAUGACAUCUUUUGGAAGACCAGUAGGGAGAAGAGAUCUCUGCCCAGGGGUUAGAGGAGAACGGUACGGAGGUGGUCCUGAAUUGCAAUGUCUCAUUGAGAUGCUGUGAAUUAUCCGUGUAUUUCAUUCCUUGCUUUUCUCAAACGUUGAAGGCUAUCCCGUUUCCCUUUCCACAGCCAGCACCGUUUUUGUUCACGAGGCAUAGUUUUCUCUGCAGUCUAUUGCUCCCUCCCAGUUGUAUUCUUCUCCUUUGAGACGACUAAGGUUUGGAAAAAAAAGGGUCUUGCUCUUGAACAGUUAAAGUCAUGCAAAUAAAAGGAAGAGCAGGGUGAAUUUGCCCCAGCUCUCAACAACUCCGUAGAAGCCUUGUGGCAUCUUGAAACGGUGGUUUGCAGAAUCCUGGUAAUCGAUAGAAGCUCUUGACUUCCCCUUGCGUUUAGCCUGGAAAUAUACUAACAUGCUUCUGAUGCUGGUCGGAGACGGGCAAGUUUGAGUAUUAGUGGUGCUUCCUCGUAAAGUAAAUGAGUCAGUUAAUCCAACCAGGUGAUUAUAUUCUAUUGUGGAACUUAGAAAAAAAUAAAUAAAGCAAAAACUAUUUUUCUUUUUUUGAUGACCAGCUGUGAUAUCGCAAAGACUCUUCAAAAGCCUUGCGAAAGGUGGUGAAAAUCUGUGGUUAAAGCCUUUGGAAAGCUUUCACCUCAUAUGCUAAAAUAUUUUCACAACCAUUAGAAGAUAUGCCGGAACAUAAUUGUGAAGGCUUUUCCUUCCCAUUAAAUACAGAGGAGAAUAAAUUCUAAUAAGUAAGGCCGCUGACUUUUUGAAACUCUGAGUUAUUUUGGCCAAUUUUGCGAUUGUUGCUAUUAAUGAACCAAAAGAGUAUAGAAUCACCACGAUUAACUUUUAACGAAAAUCCCAUUGGCAAAGGUUGAUGCACUGUAAUCACUGCUAAGUUAAUAGC